AUGGUCGCCCUUCAAGUUUUACGCGUCGUACUCCUCUCGACUGUAUGGAUCGGCCGCGUUUGCCUUGCGUAUAGCAAUAUCUGCAAACAAGACAAGUCGCUGGACAAAUUCUCCUGGGCAACGAUUAACCCAUCUGAAGACCUUGUCUGGACAGAAUGCUACGGCGACAAACACUGUGCGCGGCUGAAAGUACCUUUGGAUUACACAAAUCCCAACGGCCCUUCGGCUGCUAUCGCCAUAGUCCGCGUCCACUCAGUCGUUUCUCACAACUCCCCAAGCUAUCGAGGGCCCAUAUUAAUUAAUCCAGGUGGCCCCGGAGGCUCAGGCGUCGACAUGGCCAUCAACAUCGGUAACCGACUCCAAACCAUCGUUGGACCGGAGUUCGACAUCAUAGGAUUUGACCCACGAGGCAUUGCGCGCUCCAUACCCCGUGCCAACUUUUUCUCGAGUCGGGCCGAACGAGCGUUGUUUGAUGCGUGGAAUAUACCCUCACCAAACGCGUCAGCAGAGGUCCUCCCACGAAUUUGGGCCCAUGGGACUCUGAUGGGGCAACUGGCACGUGGGAACGACGAUGGGAGCCUGAAAUUCAUCCACACUGAUUACACUGCCCGAGACAUGCUGCGUAUUGUCCAAAAGCACAACAGCGAGAAGCUGCAAUACUGGGGCUUCUCGAGCGUUCUCACAGACUUAUUCGGAAAGUUUCUUAGCUCGGGACAGAUAUGGCAGCGUCUUGGGAGCAACUUUUGCUGCAAUGAUAAUGUUGGACGGAUUGUCAUAGAUGGAGUUACCGACGUGGACGAUUACUAUGCUACCAAGUGGUCCAACAGUUUACGAGACACUGAUCAAGUGUUUCGAGCUUUUGCUGUUGGUUGUGCAGCUGCCGGUCCCUCUGGUUGCGCAUUCUAUUCCGGGAGUCCCGAUCAAAUCCUCACCAACAUCGAAACUCUUGCCUCCUCUCUGCGUGCUCGACCCAUUCCUAUUCAAACAAGUACAUCCCAUGGGAUUCUCGACUUCUCCGCUUUCCGAACCACGCUCUUCCGAAGUUUAUAUGUUCCCUAUGCUCAAUUUCCCACCCUGGCCAAAGCGCUAGCAAGCCUCGCGAGUGGAAACGCGUCAGACUUCUGGGAGUUGUCUUUGGUGGUGCGAGGAAUGAGACAGCCGUUCCAAUGUGGAUGCAAUCCCGGAGAAUUCCAGUUCGAAAGCCUGGGUGAAGCGACCUGGGCGGUGUUAUGUAACGAUGGGGCCCAAAUCUCGGCAGACUACGAGGAUUUCGAGGCAUACUAUACUGAGUUGAGCAAGACUUCGACAUUCGCUGAUCAGUGGACGAUGCCGCGCAUGGGUUGCUUGGAAUGGCCAAAAUUUCCGAAGACGAAUUUUCAAGGACCGUUCACUGCCAACACGAGUUUCCCCUUACUGCUCAUCGGUAAUACCGGUGACCCCGUGACUCCUCUGUGGUCAGCGCAAAAAGUGUCAAAGGGGUUCAAAGACUCGGUCGUCUUAACGCAAGACUCCUUUGGGCAUUGCUCACUUUCUGGCCCUUCACUAUGUACCCACAAACACAUUCGCGCGUAUUUCCUUAACGGCACACUACCUGAGCUGGGGACUGUAUGCUCUGUUGACACCCAGCUUUUCCCUGUUGCAAGUAGUCAUUAUGAGGAAGCCCAGGUAGUCCUGGGGCUGUUGACUGAGUCUGACAUGGAGCUGUAUCAUAACGCACAACGUUUGUCGAUGGAAUUCCAUGUGCCCAUGUUCUAG